CUAAACGGUUCUACCUCCAUCGCCGCCGCCGCCUCUUGCCAUCGCCGGCGCGGCGCUCGUGGUGCUGCCGGCGUCGACACUUCGUAGUAUCGCUGCUUCAUUACGGUCUUCAUUUCCCGACAGUGGCGGGCCAUGGAAUUCUCCGACCACUGGCGGUGCCAACUCCCAAUCGAUUCCGUCUUCUCCGCCCCUAACCUCAUCCCGGGAUCUACUGCUCCUGUAGGGUCGCUCCUCUUCUCCCCCACCUCGUCUCCACCCGUCCGCUUCCUUUCCUCCGCUUCUGUCGCCCUUAACUUUCCCCACCCGCUCCCCGCCUCCUCCUUCGUCCACGGGUUGCGCUCCUUCUUCAAAUGCUCCGAGAACGAAGCCUUCCUCUCUACCUCCGCCAUCGACAUCAUGGCUACUGAGGCUGCUCUCUCUGCCGCCGAGUCAUCAGCCUCCGACUAUCUUCCCUUCAACAACCUUGCCGCUCUGCGCUGCCGAGACUGCUCCUUGGUCCUUUUCUUCCCGACCGGUCCGAAUGCAAACUUAAUUGGUUAUGUCGGCCUUUCCUUUCGUGGCCCUCUGUCGCCGGAGCUCAGAACUGACCGGGACGGCGACAUCUUUAGGGUAAAGGAAGGCUAUAAACACCCCUCUCAUCGGAUACUGAAGAUAUUAGUGGCUCCUGUGGCUCCAUCUUCCUAUUCGACAGAGUUGCCUUCGGUGACCGCUGGAAAUCCCCUGGUAGAGGGGCUGUUGAUCACGACAAGUAUGUACUCAAUUAACUGGUUCAGGGUGGAGACUAGAGUUUCAGAUUCAGCCGGUGAAAGGCCAAGGCCUCUCGUGGUUCCCCUGUCGACACAGGGGUUUGAGAGUGUUGUUGUGCACGUAUGCUGGAACCCACAUUUUGUGGCGGAGAGUGCCGCAUUGCUAGAAACCGGCGAACUUUGUUGGUUUAAUCUGCAGAGCAAGUGUCGUGGCGCCGUGAAACUUUCUUUGGAUGGUGAUGACUGUUCUGUACGGUGGCUGAGCUGCGAGUUUGGUUGUAAGCCAUGGACUGUUAUUGUUGCGUGUUCUAAGGCUGUUCUUUUGGUUGAUCUGGGAUCCAGAAGAGGCACUGGAUACGAGCUUUUGGCUAAGAUUGAGAUGCCAACUUCUCUAAAUGUUAGCCCUUUUAUGGUCAUGAAUGAGAGGUUCCUAGCUUUUUGUAAGGCCCCUUACAAUGAUCUGCACUUUGCUGUUGUGACUGAAUGUCGAUUGUUCCUGUUUGACGUUAGGAAACCUUUACAUCCUCUAUUAACGUGGAAGCACGGCCUGGAUUAUCCAAGCUACAUUGCCAUGUUUAGGUUGCCAGAGUUGAGGCCAUCAAAUGAGUUCAAGUGUGCUUUGGAAUCUGGUUUUGUCAUCUUGAUUGGUUCAUUUUCACAUAAUGUGUUCAAGUUUUUUUGCUAUGGGCCUAGACUUGCUGAAACUGCUGAUAGUCCUUCGCUUUAUGCUUGGGAUCUUCCUUCCACCCUUGUUUUAUCUGAUGGUGGCAUAUCUGGUGAUUAUUAUGUGAGAGAAAUUUUCUCAGAGGAGAGUUCUCUAUAUUCGCUGACACAUAAACAGAUGGGCAACAUGGUUGCUGGUUUUUGCAUCAUCCCAAGUGACUUAUUUGCCACUAAUUCAGGCUAUGGUGGAUUUUCUUUAAUCAGACUUAGCUUGACUGGGAAGCUGGAGAUGCAGAGAUAUAAUGCAUCAACAAAGUUGACUUGCCAGGAAGAAAUUGAGUAUGAAGGAGAAGAUCAGUUUGGAACAAAGGUCACAGUCUCCAGUGAGGGUUGUCAAUCUACAAUGCCCAACGCAUUUAAGUUUUAUAGGCUGUGGCAUCUUCAUCAGUAUAUGAAUGGCAAUCUUUUAAAUGCUUUGCUUGAGCGUGAUACCAAUAAACUCACAAAUAGCAACCUGUCUUCUUCUGUUCUCCCUAUUUCAUAUUUAGUAAAUGAAAUUAGCACACCCACCAGUAUAUUUGAAGUUGCAUGCAAGAAGACUUUAAAUUCUCUUGGAUCAGAUCUUUUUUCGUUAACUUUUUCAAAAUACUCGGAUCUGUUUACAGUUGAUAACUGUGGGUCCACGUUUGAGUUCCUAGAAAUUCCUCCUUCCUUUCCUGAGAAAAGGUUUCUACCAUUCCUUUUUGCUAAACCUUCAAGAAGGGGUGAGAAGUGGUUCGGCAAAUCAUCCUCUGGGCAGUCUCUUGUUGGUCCAUUAAUUCCUGUUCCUGUUCUUCUUGCAUUGCAGCAGAUUGAAAAAGGCAUGCCUUUAAUGGGCAAAGACGAUUCAGGUGAUGAUUUGCUGGAUAAUCAGUGUAGAAUAGUUUUGAGUGAAGUUUUCCCAGAAAUUUCCAUUGCUGAUACUACAAACGACAAUUGUUUCGGUGCCACAGAUGAUCUGCAAGCUGAGAAGUCUUAUUUUGUUUAUGAACCACAGACAUGUACUAGGUCUACUAAUAGAACAAGUAUUGAAACAGCUAUUCAUACAAAACAAGAAUUUGCUGAGUUUGAUGAAAGGAAGCCGGCCUGCUUGGUGUCCCCUAAAGAUGAAAUUUUUUCUACAUUUCUAUGUGGAGUUGCAAACAAAGAGUCUGUUCCUGACUCUAAAUAUGGAAAUGUUAGGGGUGAAUUGUUUGAUCUAAGUCCAGUGAGGUUGGACUUUGAUAGAACCGAAGUAGAACUUAAUCCAGCAGAACAGAAAAAUUUUAAUUGCUUGAGUAGACAGUUCUCAAAAUGGAAGGAAAAUUACAAGCCAUACCAGGAUUUCUGUGCUCAGUAUCCCAGAAAGCAAGUAUCCUAAAAGGUGGUGCUUCAGAUAGCAGGUUUCAUACAGUGUCUAAUGAACCUAAAGUUGUGCUUGUAGUUCAACACUCUUUUUGAUCGCAAGAGUACAAGGCACAAAUACAAAAAAGGAAAAGGAAUUAGGAUCUUUCAUCAGUCACACCAUCAGAUAAUCAUGCUGAAAAAAGUUAUAAUGCCUCCGAGUGGUUUCAAGUUGUUCUGAAGAGCAAAUGGUGAAAUGCGUCUUCAUUGGAUGUGUAAGAGCUCACACAUGCUGUAGCAGCCUUAGCAAUGUCGAGGCCAAUUCAAGAAAAGCUAGAUCGAUUACAUGAUAAAGAUCGAUUACACUUUGAGUUCCCAUGCACAAUUCUUCCAAAGCUCAAGCUUCCACUGGUUACAGCGAAGCAUGAGGCUUCGGUGAUGUUUCUUUAGUGAUGAGCCAGUGGUUUUCGAAUCAGCAUCGGGUUUAAAAUGGGCUUCAAUAAUCAAUGAGAUUUCAAACGAGAGCUUGAGGCUACUUUUGCAAAAAUUUCGAAGAGGUACCAUAAUAGGCCAUUUUAGAAAACUAGUUCAUUUUUUAUUUUGAUUUUUUUUUAAAUAAAGAGAUGCUUGAGGUCCCAGAUCUGGUUUAAAAUUAAGUAAUUAUUACCCAAAGGAGUAAUUGUAUGCUUAAUCUGUUUUGUCAAUAUCUUUCUCCAAUGUACUGUAUCAUUUUGAUACGCUUAGCUCAUUUAAUUCAUUCAUCAUGUUCCGUUUGAUAGUUU